GCCUGAAGCGCACGCAGCACUCAGCGGAAGUGUAUUGCCACCACUUUGAAGCGGUUUCGGUGGUUCAGACCAAGCCACUGUUCUCUUAAGUCCACAGACAACCACCAAGUACCAACGCAGUACUCUCGCGUGACUUGCUCCGCCCCGUGGAUGCUGCUCGAGGGCUGGAAAUGCCGCAGGAUUCGGUUAACGCGUUUAGUCGAACGCCGUGCUUUGAGCGGUGAUGAGCCCUCUUUUCUGUCAACGCAACAUCAUCGCCUAUCAUCAAGUGGAAGUGUUAAGUGUGAACAAAACAAACGAGAAGUACAUACUAAAGCCCAUAUAAAUAAUAAAUAAUUGUGUGAUAACAACAUUAACAACAAAACAAAACAAAACGAAGCCAGAGUGGAGAAAAUGAUACAGCAUCCAGAAUACGAUCAGUGCCGCCAUAUAGAACAAGUGUAGUGGAAACUUAGACAAAGGCACACAAAAAUCUGCAUACAUGGGCUAAUUAAGGCUGCCCAGCGAAUUUACAUUUGUGUUUUUUGGUGCCAAUACAAAGUGAAUCGACAAAAGCAAAAAAAAAACUCCAUCUAGAUCCCAACCAGCAUCACGCUCUCAAACGCCCUCAGUAUGUACAAAAUGUUUAGGAAACAUUUUCGGCGAAAACCAACAUCGUUGGCGGAAUCAACAAUAGAAGCAACAGAAGGCACAGCAGACAGCCUGAGAAUGUCCAAAAAGACGGCGACAAAAAGGCAGCGUCCAAGGCAUCGGGAACUCAAAAUCACUGCCCUGCCAUCGACGAUCCGCGAUUGUUGGUCAUUAAAGUCUGCCUGCAACUUAAUUGCUUUAAUUUUAAUACUGUUAGUCCAUAAGAUAUCCGCAGCUGGUAACUUCGAGCUGGAAAUAUUAGAAAUCUCAAAUACCAACAGCCAUCUACUCAACGGCUAUUGCUGCGGCAUGCCAGCGGAACUAAGGGCCACCAAGACGAUAGGCUGCUCGCCAUGCACGACGGCAUUCCGGCUGUGCCUGAAGGAGUACCAGACCACGGAGCAGGGUGCCAGCAUAUCCACGGGCUGUUCAUUUGGCAACGCCACCACCAAGAUACUGGGUGGAUCCAGCUUUGUGCUCAGCGAUCCGGGUGUGGGUGCCAUUGUGCUGCCCUUUACGUUUCGAUGGACGAAGUCGUUUACGCUGAUACUGCAGGCGUUGGAUAUGUACAACACAUCCUAUCCAGAUGCGGAGAGGUUAAUUGAGGAAACAUCAUACUCGGGCGUGAUACUGCCGUCGCCGGAGUGGAAGACGCUGGACCACAUCGGGCGGAACGCGCGGAUCACCUACCGUGUCCGGGUGCAAUGCGCCGUUACCUACUACAACACGACCUGCACGACCUUCUGCCGUCCGCGGGACGAUCAGUUCGGUCACUAUGCCUGCGGCUCCGAGGGUCAGAAGCUUUGCCUGAAUGGCUGGCAGGGCGUCAACUGCGAGGAGGCCAUCUGCAAAACGGGUUGCGACCCCGUCCACGGCAAGUGCGAUCGUCCGGGUGAAUGCGAAUGCAGACCUGGCUGGCGGGGUCCAUUGUGCAACGAGUGCAUGGUCUAUCCCGGUUGCAAACAUGGUUCCUGCAACGGCAGCGCCUGGAAAUGCGUCUGCGAUACCAACUGGGGUGGCAUAUUGUGCGACCAAGAUUUAAAUUUCUGCGGCACCCAUGAACCCUGUCGACACGGCGGCACCUGCGAGAAUACCGCUCCGGACAAGUACCGCUGCACAUGUGCCGAGGGCCUCUCGGGCGAGCAGUGCGAGAUCGUGGAGCACCCCUGUGCCACAAGACCCUGCCGCAACGGCGGCACAUGCACGCUCAAGCCAACCAACCGAACGCAAACGUCAAUGUAUCGGACAACGUACGGCAGGAGCAGCAUGGGCAGAUCGGUAAAUCGGCGCAACUCGAUGCGCAGCCUGGAUCAUCUGCGCCCGGAGGGGCAGUCGCAGAAUGGAAGCAGCUCCUCGGGAUUAUUUCUGGGACUAGGAUCCGUUGGCUCCCUGCAGCUGCAGGGGCAACUUGGCCCAGACUUCACUUGCGGCUGCGCAGCCGGAUGGACAGGACCGACAUGCGAAAUAAAUAUCGAUGAAUGCGCCGGGGGUCCCUGCGAGCAUGGUGGCACUUGCGUCGAUCUAAUCGGCGGCUUUCGGUGCGAAUGUCCGCCGGAGUGGCAUGGCGAUGUCUGCCAGGUGGACGUCAACGAGUGCGAGGCGCCGCAUUCUGCCGGAGUGGCUGCGAAUGCUCUGCUGACUACUACGGCUACUGCUAUUAUUGGGAGUAAUCUGAGCAGUACUGCUCUACUGGCUGCUUUGACCAGUGCGGUGGCAUCCACAUCCAUGGCCAUUGGACCCUGCAUUAAUGCCAAGGAGUGCCGCAAUCAGCCGGGUUCCUUCGCCUGCAUUUGCAAGGAAGGUUGGGGUGGUGUCACCUGUGCCGAGAACCUGGACGACUGUGUGGGCCAAUGCCGCAAUGGAGCCACAUGCAUUGACCUGGUCAACGACUACAAAUGCGCCUGUGCCCCAGGAUUCACAGGUCGUGAUUGUGAGAUCGAUAUCGACGAGUGUGCCACUUCACCCUGCCGGAAUGGGGGUGAAUGCGUGGACAUGGUGGGCAAAUUCAACUGCAUUUGUCCACUAGGAUAUUCAGGAUCUCUGUGCGAAGAGGCCAAGGAGAACUGUACUCCAUCCCCUUGUCUUCAGGGUCACUGCCUUAAUACACCCGAAGGAUACUACUGCCACUGUCCUCCAGAUCGCGCCGGUAAACACUGUGAGCAACUGCGUCCGCUCUGCUCCCAGCCGCCCUGCAACGAGGGCUGCUUCGCCAAUGUCAGCCUUGCCACAGCAGCGACAACGACGACGACAACAACCACUUCUGCGACAACCACGAGGAAGAUGACCAAGCCAAGCGGAUUGCCCUGCAGCGGGCAUGGCAGCUGCGAGAUGAGCGACGUGGGCACCUUCUGCAAAUGCCAUGUGGGCCACACCGGCACCUUCUGCGAGCACAAUCUCAACGAAUGCUCGCCGAAUCCUUGUCGAAAUGGGGGAAUUUGCCUUGACGGUGACGGCGACUUUACAUGCGAGUGCAUGUCGGGCUGGACAGGUAAACGCUGCUCGGAGCGCGCCACAGGCUGUUAUGCCGGUCAGUGCCAGAAUGGUGGAACCUGCAUGCCCGGAGCCGCGGAUAAGGCUCUGCAGCCGCAUUGCCGCUGUGCGCCCGGUUGGACUGGUCUUUUCUGCGCCGAGGCCAUUGACCAGUGCCGUGGACAACCGUGCCACAAUGGCGGCACCUGUGAGUCAGGAGCAGGCUGGUUCCGAUGCGUCUGCGCCCAGGGAUUCUCCGGUCCGGACUGCCGUAUCAAUGUAAACGAGUGCUCGCCGCAGCCUUGCCAAGGAGGUGCCACCUGCAUCGAUGGCAUCGGCGGUUACAGCUGCAUCUGCCCACCAGGACGUCAUGGAGUGCGAUGUGAAAUUUUGCUCUCUGACCCUAAGUCCGCAUGCUUAAACGUGAGCAAUACCAUCUCUCCAUAUACUGCCCUAAACCGAAGUCAAAAUUGGCUGGACAUUGCACUGACAGGAAGAAGUGAUGAGGACGAAAAUUGCAAUGCCUGUGUCUGUGAGAAUGGCACGUCCCGUUGCACGAAUCUCUGGUGUGGAUUACCCAACUGCUAUAAGGUGGAUCCACUCUCCAAGUCCUCGAAUCUCUCCGGCGUUUGCAAGCAACACGAGGUGUGCGUUCCGGCACUCAGUGAAACCUGUCUUUCUCCGCCCUGCAAUGUCCGAGGAGAUUGUCGAGCUCUGGAACCAUCUCGAAGGGUUGCUCCGCCCAGUCUGCCGGCCAAAUCCAGCUGCUGGCCCAAUCAAGCCGUGGUCAACGAGAACUGCGCCCGGCUCACCAUCCUCUUGGCCCUGGAGCGUGUGGGCAAGGGUGCAUCGGUGGAGGGUCUCUGCUCUCUGGUGAGGGUUCUUCUGGCAGCCCAGUUGGUCAACAAGCCGUCAAGUCCUUCUGCACAGGAGCAGGGCACACUCAUGGUGCUUUGCGAUCUCAAAACGGGCACCAAUGAUACCGUUGAACUAACUGUGUCCUCCAGCAAGUUGAAUGAUCCCCAGUUGCCGGUGGCAGUGGGCCUGCUGGGUGAACUCCUGAGCUCCCGGCAGUUGAAUGGCAUCCAGCGUCGCAAGGAACUGGAGCUGCAACAUGCCAAGCUGGCUGCUCUCACCUCUAUUGUAGAGGUCAAGUUGGAAACGGCCCGAGUGGCUGAUGGAUCGAGCCACAGUCUGCUGAUUGGAGUGCUUUGCGGCAUCUUUAUAGUCCUGGUUGGAUUCUCUGUGUUCAUCAGUCUGUAUUGGAAACAGCGUCUGGCUUAUCGCACCAAUUCAGGAAUGAACCUGACUCCCUCCCUGGAUGCACUGCGUCACGAGGAGGAGAAGUCGAAUAACUUGCAGAAUGAAGAGAACCUGCGGCGGUAUACGAAUCCGCUGAAGGGCAGCACGAGUUCCCUGCGGGCGACAACUGGAAUGGAACUCAGUUUGAAUCCCGCUCCGGAAUUGGCUGCCUCCGCGGCGAGUAGUUCCGCUUUGCAUCGCUCACAGCCACUAUUCCCGCCCUGCGAUUUCGAGAGGGAAUUGGACUCCAGUACGGGGCUUAAGCAGGCACACAAGCGAAGCUCUCAGAUCCUGCUGCAUAAAACUCAGAACUCGGAUAUGCGGAAGAACACAGUGGGCUCGCUGGACAGUCCGCGAAAGGACUUUGGCAAGCGGUCAAUCAACUGCAAGUCCAUGCCACCCUCAUCGGGCGAUGAGGGCACCGAUGUCCUUGCCACCACUGUGAUGGUUUAGCCGUGAUCUCACCAAACAACCAAUCAAGAAACCAACCAGCCGCCCACAGCCAGCUCAAAGUUCCAAUUGCCACAGCACGGGCGCGAUUUCCAAGUGCAUUAGUAGAGUAAUUAAAACUAGGAUUCGAUUUAGGCUUAGAGGGUAUUCCACAUGGAAAUGGUUCUGCAGAAAACUCUCUAACCUAACUUCAAGACUAUUUAGGUAAGAUUGGGUACAGAAAUAAAUUAGCUAGUUAAUCAAGCCAUUCAUGGCCACGGCUUGAGCAAAUUUAUUUGUAUACCUGAUCUUAUCCUAAGUCGAAACCAGUUUAAUGGCAUUAGAGUUUGGGAAUACAAGUAUAAAUACACUUAAUUUGCCUGCUUCAAGUUCUCUAUAAGCACGAGUUAACGGAGUUUGAUUUUUUGAAUUUUAAAGGUGUUUCCUGCAGAGCCAGAUCGAUGUGGUCAUCCAAAAUAUAUAAGUUAGCUAAUGUAAUUCCUAACUCUUCUCUUCGCUAAGCAACAUCCUACACAGUGUGAUAUUUAGUGUAACCCAGGCGCGCAUUUACAUUCAUUUAAAAGUAUAUAAAAAUAUAUAUAUUAAAGAUAAAACAACUCCUUGGCUAGCACAAGCUGUAUAUAGUUCUCAUUUAGGAUCGACGCGCUCAAUAUGAUGUAUAAGCUGUAAAUACUGUAAAUUAGCAGUUACCGUUAUUGUAUUUUGUCUAUAGAUAGAAUCCUAGUAUUAAACUAAGAACCAGCCGCAACGCGUUAGACUUUAAAAGUUGUUUGCAAUUGUACGCAAUAAUUUGAAAUUAAGAUCGUAGUUAGGUAGCUGUGUAACCCCGGGUAAGAUUCAAACGAUUUUGUAUUGUAUUAUACCUAUGUGUGUAGUAAUAUUUAUUUAUUAUAUUAACUUUGAUUUAGAAGCAAUAAAGCAAUAUCAAUAAAGAUAGUAAAAGAGAUAAUAA